AUGGGCGUCGACCCGAGUAGUAGAGCCAGGUCAACCGUCAGGAAGGAGAACGAUCUCCAAAUUCCGCGCCACGUUGCAGUCAUCAUUGAUGGCAACCGCCGCUACGGUAAACUCAAGUACGGCUCCGGUACUCGUGGCCACUCGGACGGAACGAAGACCGUGAUGAAAUUCACGGACUGGUGCAUCGAUGCUGGUGUGAAGGUGCUCACCGUCUUUGCCUUUUCCACAGAAAACUGGAAGCGCGAGAAAAGCGAAGUCGACACGCUCAUGAAGCUCAUUGAUGGAUUCGUCCAUGACACGCUGGGCGAGGCUCUAACCCGCAACAUCAGAGUGCGCAUGCUCGCGUCCGACAGUAGCAAGCUGCCGGCAUUCCUUAUUGACUCAUUCAAUGCGGUCGAGGCCAAGACCCGGCACUGCGACGCGUUCCACCUCAACCUUUGCGUCAGCUACGGCGCUCGCGAUGAAAUUGUUCAAGCGUGUAAGAAAAUCGCUGCCGAGGUUGUGCAGGGCAAGACGGCUAUCGACGACAUCGACGAAGUUCUGCUCAGUAACCGCAUGCUCACAGCCGGUUUACCGGACCCGGACGUCGUGAUACGUACAUCAGGAGAGCUUCGCAUCAGCAAUUUCUUGCUCUUCCAGAUUGCCUACGCAGAGCUCAUUUUCAUGGACAAAUUUUGGCCAGAGGUGACCCGCGACGAUUUGCAGGAUAUCAUCGUCGAGUACAACCGUCGCAAGCGCCGUUUUGGCAAGUAA